CUUCUGCCAUUAGAGCCGUAUCUGUACGUAUAUCACUGCAUGUGCGUAAACUAUGUUAUAUUUAACUUUCGGUUUGUUUUCCUUGUACAAACACCCGAGAACAAAGUAUACCUAAAUCCUCCUUCGAUAUGUUUAUUGACGAGGACUCGAGAUCUAAACUGAUUAACCUGUUUACCUCCAACGUGUCUCGAUCAAUACAAAAGGCAUAAUUAAAUACAUUCAUGGCUUCUGUGGAUAACUCUGGAAACCUUUCUGUCAUCGAUUCCGACGACGAAUUAGAUGACGGAAAGACUGCCUCGGGAGUCAAGCCAGGGGUCACACAUGCCGACACAAAAAAAGAACAAGAAUCCAAGCUUGAAAACAGUGGGAUACCAUCGCGUGAACUGACGAAAAAAAUAUUCAAUGAACUGGAAGCUCGAAAGCUGUUGAUGUUUUACAACGAUGAAUUGCAUAAAAGCAAAGUUGAAAUGUCUAUUUCGAAAGAAGAAGGAAAGGAAUCGGUUACAUUGUCUUCCCGUAAUCCCACCUUAUUAGUCACUGAGAAGCAGAGGCUAGGGAAUCUAUUAGAUAGUAUCAAAUUUCAAAAGAUGAUGUCUACCUGUAAGCCACAGAAUGAAAUUGACAGCAUCAUAGAAUCGCAAAACUUAAAGCUUCUACUGAGUAAAGAUGAAAAUGGACAGUUUGUUUUAUACUUCAAGGACCCAUUAGAAUAUGAAAAACUGAAGUCUUCAAUGAAACCGAGUUCUUCUACGAGAAGACGAAACAGAUCAUUUCAAUCUUCUGAAAACGCCAGUCCUUCUUUGGCAUCAGCUAAUAAAGACAAUGAUGAGUAUGAAAGUGGAUUAAAGUGGCAAUCAAAAAACGAAGAUGACAUUCAUGAAGUUUCAAGGGAAGAGGACAAUAGUUCUUCCACCACAUUUUUAGGAGAAAAUGUCCAGGUCAGAAAAGAAAUCAGACAAAAUGGAAUAUGCACAAAAAUAUAUGAAGGAUCGAUCAUCAAAGCUAAGGUAGAGGCCAUAGUAAACGCUGCAAAUGAAUAUCUUGACAAUUGUGGUGGAGUUGCUGAGGUCAUUUCAAAGGCUGCCGGUAGAGAGGUUGAUAGGGAAUGCAAAGACAAAAUGAGAAAAUGGACAAAAAUUAAAGUGACAGAAAACAUCGUUACUCGUGCGGGUAAUUUACCUUGUCAGUGGAUAAUCCAUGCAGUGGGGCCUCGCUGGAGUAACUACAAGGACAAAGAAGAAGCUCUGCAGAGUUUGUACAAAACAGUCGUCAAUAUCCUUAAGACAGCGAGUGAACGUCAAAUGAAAUCGGUAGUCAUGCCGCCUAUAAGUUCUGGGAUUUUUGGAGUUCCAAAACAAGCAUGUGCUGCAAUGUACAUAAAGGCGUUGCUUGAUUUUUCGGAAGAAUAUCAGAAAGCAAAGGUGAAAGAAUUUCACAUUAUUGACAACAAAUCAGACAUGCUGGAUUUGAUAUGCGAAGAAUAUGAAGAAUGUCACAAAAACGGAAGAAAAUAUCUGGAACCAAAAAGAGUUCUUGAGAGAUUACAAAUACGUUCGUAUAAAACUGCUGUCUGGUCGAAAAACAGUAAUUUGAAUCCAAGCAAUAAUUUUAGGACAAACACAAGGAGGGCUGAGAGUAGUAAUAACGCCCUUCCGAGUGCAGUGCAUGGAGGUCAACGUUUUCAAAAAUAUACAUUGAAAGAAAUUAGACCGGAUGAAUUUACUAUAGGUGACAAAUUGAAUGUUGUCGUAUAUACGGGGAAUAUCCUUAAAUUAACAGACGUUAAUAUUCUUGUAUGUGCCGAAGGGAAAGAAAAAAAUGUUUCCGGGAGAAUUUCAAAAACGAUUUUUGAGACAGUUACUCCUAAGAAGAAAAAACAGAUUAAAAACAUUCUUUCUGGAAGAAUUUCUUUUUCGGACGUAUUACAGACAGACUUUGGUGUAGAUAAUUACGAUAUGAUAUUUUUUGCUAUCGUGAGACGGUUUGGAGAUGACACACCACGACCAGAAGACUUAACGUUGUUGAAAACUACAACAAACAAUGUAUUAGAAAAGGCUAAUAAGCGAAAGAAAUCAGGAAGAAAUAGCUCACAUUUGUCAAUUGCAAUACCCCUUCUUGGUACAGGCUCUACCAAAGAAGUGGGCUCUCUACAAUAUUAUGCAAAUGUUAUGUGUGAUUCUAUUGUGGACUUCAGAAAGCACAUAGAGGACAAAACAAGGCUUCGAACCAUACAUUUAGUAAAUUUCAACGAAUCGGCAACAAAAGCAUUAGUCCAGGCCUUUAAAUCUCGUUUGUCAUUACAAACAGUGGGACAAAACCCACUGAACCCCUCGUCCAGAAAUGCAUUAAAUCCAAAUGCUAAGCGAUUCGAUCCUUCAAAGUAUGACUGGAAAGAUGAGUGGAAGGCAAUAGUAAAGCCCAAGUACGAUUUUGAAAGCUUUAUUAAAAGAGUUGAGGGACAGAUGCAAACAGUACAAGAGGUUGCGAAGAAUAACGGUAUUGGUGCAAGUGGUAACUUGGUAGUCAUUGAAUCAGAUGAAGAGAGUGAGACGGAGCAUUCAACGGAAGUCGCUUGUUCAGAUGUAGAAAAAACAGAGGUUAACAAAAGUGUUGACCCUGAUAAUGACGAUUUUGUGUCGGAAGACUCGUCAUUGGCUUGUGUAAUUUGUAUGGACACAGAAAUGGAAGAUCCUGUUAUAUUGAAGAAAUGCCAUCAUCAAUUUUGUCGAGAUUGCAUUGAAGAUUAUUUCUCACACAAACCAAUUUGUCCAGUUUGCAACACGGUAUAUGGUGACUUAUUUGGAAACCAGCCGUCCGGAACAGCCACUGUAUAUAAGGAUUAUGCUUCAUUACCAGAGUUUUCUUGUUCUACUCUCAUCAUAGAUUACAAUAUCCCAGAUGGAAAACAAACGGAAGAGCAUCCGAAUCCAGGUCAGCUAUUUACAGGUGUUUCCCGCCAAGCUUAUCUUCCUGAUAAUGAAGAAGGAAAUAAGGUUCUCGGCAUGCUCGAGAAAGCAUUCAAGCAUCGCCUGAUUUUCACGGUUGGAUUUUCUCGUACUUCCGGUAAAGAUAAUGUGGUCACAUGGAAUGAUAUUCAUCACAAGACAAGAAGAGAAGGAGGACCUGAGAAAUUUGGAUACCCUGAUCCAGAAUAUAUUGAACGGGUUAAAGAUGAGUUGGCAGCGAAGGGAAUAACAGAAAAUUGAAAGUGUUCUCAUCUCUUUAGGAGGCAGGAAUAAAUUUUAGAAGAAAAAAAACUCAGCAAUAGAUUAUAGCAGUUUCAUAAUGUUUCAUUUUGGUCAAUUCAUAUAGUUUACAUACCAGAAACACAAACUUUUUAAAAGUUUAAAAGCAGUUCAGUCUUAUAUCCAAUAUAGUUUUUGUUAAUAUUUUUUGUUCAAGAAUCUAGUUUAUUUUAUAUGAAUUAUAUAUUAUCAUUAUAUAAUUAUAUGAUUUAGAGAGUAAAGACGAAUAUACAUUCAAAGCUUGAAGCUUUGAUGGACUUCGUAUCUUUUGUUUUGGUAUUGGAAAGAUGUACGAGAAAAAGGGUUCCAAUAAAUAAUGAUAAAGUUUUUGUCAUGUUGAAUUGUAAAAAAAAUGGUAUUGGUCUUAGUAUUUUUUUUAUCCAAAAGUGAUUACUUGCCACAAAAACGAAAAGUUUGAUGUUGUAUCAAUUAAGUGUUCUAGAAUGAUAUUUAUACAUUGCAUUGUACAUAUACAAUCGACCGAUGAUCAAACCUUUUGUUUAUUUCUUGUUUUUAUUUGUUAUAUUUUCGCUACAGGUGAUUAUCUAUCUUACAUCUUCAUGUUUUGAAAGAACUCUUUUUUAUGUAUUUGGAUUUACAUAAUAUGUAUAUGAGUUGACUGAAUGAAUGUGUAUUUCUCUCAAACCAUAUCAAUGGUACAUGAGGUACAAAAACAAAAAUAUUUACAAAAUUUAAUGUAGAAAUGCAGAGUCAAGUAAGGAAGAGUACAGAGUUAAAUAAAUCGAGCUUAUAUUUUUUUAACAAAUGGACAAUUUUUUUAAUGAAUCAAUGUCAUUGGUAUUGAGUUGAAAAUUUUGUAAACUUUUGUUACAUGAUAAACCAUUUAAAAAAUAGUUUUCAUCAUUAGCCCUAUAAAGCGAAAUGGUUUGUUUGUCUUUAGGUGGCACGGGACAGUUUUUUUUACUAUUCAUUGUAGCCAAGGGAUGCAUGUCUUCGGAACUCUGUAACUAGAAUUUCCUCAGUUCCCAUUCAGCACAAAUACCUUUAAUUCACUCUUUAUAAGGCAAUUUCUUAAGUAAAUUACUACUCAAAACCUGUAAAAUUCUCUACAUACUUUUUUAUGAGAUUUUGACCCUUUAUUUUGCUAAUUUUUUUAUGAUUUUCAGCUUUUUAGACCUCCCCCAGCUAAUUCCCUUCAGAGGGUUGUCCUCCGUACCGCGUGCAUGUUGCACUAUCACAUGUGUCGUGUUAAUUUACCUCCCGUCUGUAACUUGCAAUUUCACUGUGUAAAGUCAACACAACAGUCAUAGCCGCAGAUUUCGCAUUUUACUUCUGAUUCUCAUGUACCUAACAUAUGGGACCUACAUAUUGCAUAUCAAUUUCAACAAGAGACACCCAUCUAACUAAUGCUAAUCAUUAAAAAUCAUUUUAUGAAUUUUAGCAACACUCAUAAGCCUUCAAGUACAGCAACUCUCAAUUUUACAAAAAUAUUGACGGGUACUUUAUCCGAAACUGUCCCUUGCUACCUUAAUUUUCGAUUGCCAAUUGAUGAAAAGAGAGCGAUUCAUGUUAUAAACCGUUCCAUUCAUUUCAUCUUUUAUUUUCAAGUUGUCUUCAUAUAAAUUAAGUAUUUACUAAAUUAUUUUGCAAUUGAUAUUUUCUGCUAUGAUCGCAAUUGUUGUAUUCCGUAUAGUUUGUUGUUGCGUUUGAUUUGACGCCUUCGCUUCUUUUAUUGUCCAUCCACUUGAGCAUGUACAUCCUUUUUGCUGUUUUCUUUGGAACAUUUCUCUCUGAUAAGGGGAGAACGUGUGGGACUUUGAUUCACAUGACUGUUUCUACCGACGAGUUAUACCGGUAGACUGUAAACGAUUAAUAUGUAUUCUUUUUUAAUGAUCUAAUAAUUGGAAAGCUGCUUUCCCUUAAUCACGUGCGUCGCUAAAUGCCAUUCAUAUUUGAUAAAGAAUAUAAUCGUUUACUCCUUUAGUUUAGUGCGGGACCAGUGUAAAGCUGUGAUGAAUAUUAUAAAUUGUUCACAAGAAUAUAGCAUCUACAAGAGUUAGGAUAAUCAUGCAUUUUGAUGACAGAGGCCCAGUGGUCAUAUAUAUACCCUGUUCCGAGUUGUUGCUUCCACCACUGUUUGCUUAAUAUUUCAAUAAACAUUAAUACCUACGUGUUCAAACUACGUUCAUCCACUAAUAUGAAAAAUGUCCAGAAUCUGUUUUGAAACACCCCCUCUACCGCUUUAGGUUUCAAUACACAACUCAAAUUAGAAAGUCUGCGAGGAUUUUGCAUUGCAUCAGCCAUAAAACAGCCCCGAUGAUAACGUUGAAAAAUUGUGCAAGGCAUUCCGAGUGAUUUCCGAAUGGUGGAAAGAUGUAAACAUUUUCAUUUACAAAUCUCCGUAAGAAAUUGUUUUCGUUCCUGUGAAUUUUUAUGAGUGAAAAAUAAUGUGUCAAUGAAGAUAUUUUGGAUUUUUCUCUUUUAUCCAUUUCAACUGUAUUUCUUUCGCUGAUAUGGGCGUUUAUUUUAAAUAAAAAUCAUCAAAAAGUGACGGAAGCAAGAACUUUGGACUGAGUAUAGUUAAGAUACCAAACUUUUGUAAUGUAUUACCUAUUGGUCCAGAUUUCGAGCGAAGGGUCAGCUCUGUGGUUCGUCUGGGAAAAGAACAAAUAUAUUUUCAUAUAUCGGAUAUGAAAUCAGUUAAUUUGAACUACGUGGUAUUUACAAUAUACGCUGUACUACGAUUUGUUUUUAAAAAUUGGGCCCUGCCAGGGGCUCAAGGUUUGAUCCAGGUAUAUGGAUAUAUAAAUAAUUGUUUAAGAUCCUCUUGAUGACUACAAUACUCAAUGUGUGAUAUGACUAUGAAAUCAUCCUAUUACAAAAGGGGUCCAAUGUUUAACGUAAGAAUACCUUGAUAUUUUUUUUAAUUUAUACAGGAUCUUUUCUAUUACAUUGUCAAGAUAUUUUGUAUAUGACUCCAUGAUUCUGAUUUUAUCAAGUGAGCGAUGUGACCCAUGGGCCUCUUGUUUAUGCAGUAGAUUAUACAUGUAUACCUGCUUCCUUUAAGUCAGCUUGAUGCUGUUUUGCUUCUAAUCGAAUUUCAACAUUACAUUUGUAUUACACUGUACAUUGUAAUGCUUAUAAAUCAACAUAUCAUGUGAUAUGAUACAUGUAUGUGCUGUUGUAUUAUUUAUGCUGACAGGUAAUAUAAUACACCUUGUACUUUCGUUUUACAUUCCUCGAAAUAGUAGGGGUUAUAAUCAUAAUAAAGUAAGAUGGCUUCGACAAAACUUGUGAAUAGUUUCAGUUUGGACUAUACAAAUGGCAAUAGAGGAAAAGGGACACUCGCUUUCUCUAUACAUGAAGGUUCGGUGAUUCAGGCAAAUGCAGAGGCGAUAAUCUCUGUCCUUGGCGGCGGUAGUACCGGAGGUUUAUCAGAAGCAAUCAUUAAGGCAGCCGGAAGUGCAGUCUGUGAUGAAAUUGUUGCUAACAAAGCCAGAAAACUAACCGAAAACAUUGUGACAAAGGCAGGGAAUUUAAAGUGUAAAUAUAUAAUUCACUGUAAUUGUCCAAAAUGGAAUGAUUAUGACGGUGGAAGCAAGAGAGUAUGCCUAGAUGAUCUUUACAUUACGGUCAAGAAGGCCCUAGUGGCAGCUUGUGACAAGGGACUGAAAUCCGUCGCUUUGCCUCCAAUAGGGUUAGGUAGGUUUGUGGCGUUAAUGCUGUAAGUCUUGUAGGUUUCUUUAAUAUAAAAAAGUUUCUGGUUAGAAAAUGAGUCAAGCUUAGUUAAUUUUAAUUGGUUAGGAGCAUGGGUCUUAUAGUGUUGAAUCUACUAGAUAGUGUAAAUACAUGUAAAAUGCAUGUGCUGUAUUUACAUCCACUCAGUAAAUUCAGAAUGUUCGCAAUGGCAAUAAAAACUAAAGUUAUUCGUCGAAUGCAAAAUUGAAUUUACGGAGUUUAAUUAGGAGGCUUAAUAUUAAUGACACUUCUUUUAAGAACAGGUACUUUAGAAUGUUAUUAGAUUGGCACCCAAUAAAUAAGUUGUGAACGGGGUCUUGGAUCGAAACGUUAAUUUA